UCGUCCUCUUUUUUAUUAGUCUUGGGUUCACAAAAUACUUUAUAAAGUGCUUUACACACCUCUAUGCGCCUUAAAACUGAGUUUCUUUUCAUCUUCUUCUCAAGCAAUCUCUUAUGUACCACAUUUUAUGGCUUAGUAUAAAUUCAUUUCUAAGCAUAUUAAAACCUCAAGAACAAGCUAUCAUUUGACCUUUUUUCCCUCUCUUAUCAUGGAACCCAUGAAUUCAUCAACCAACUCUCUUGGCAGUACCACCAUCAACGUCAAUAUCUCUGAUGAAGCAAAUGCAAUGAUCGUCCCGUUACUGCUGACGAACCCGUCUUAUCAUCGUUCAAAGUCGAACAUAUACGAUGAGCUACGAAGUUUCCGUGUAAGUCUCAAGUGGUGUGCACUUGAUCAUUCAACAUAUGUAAAUAAAACCAUUUCUUACUUGGUUUUUAUUUUCCUCACCAUAGUUGUUCCCAUUUUUAGUUCAGUUUUUGUUCAUGUCCCUAAAACUUCAACUAUUGAGGAUCCAAUUUCAUUCAACAAGUUGAUUCAGUUACCAGAGUCAGGUCUAGCCAUUAUUGGUUUCUUCACAAUAUCCCGGUUCUUUAAAAAGUACGGUCUGCGUCGGCUUCUAUAUCUUGAUGAACUUCAAGAUGAUUCAACGUACGUUCGACGUGGGUAUGCACGAGAACUUGAUAAAUCCUUUAGACACCUUGCUUACAUUCUUUUACCUUCUUUUCUUGUUGAAUUUGCACAUAAGAUACUAUUCUUUUCAACAGUCAUAGUGUCGAUCCCCGUACCGUACGCAGAAAACCGUCUACCGUACAAUUCGAUUAUGUUUCUAGCAGGAUUAGUAUCAUGGGUGUAUAGAACUGGUGUGUUUUUGUUAGUCUGUGCUUUGUUUAGAUUAACAUGUGAGUUGCAGAUACUAAGGUUUGAAGGAUUUCAGAAGAUGUUAGAAGGUUAUGGGUCAGACCCCGGUACCAUUUUUGAAGAACAUAUGAGGAUAAAAAAGCAAUUAUCGGAAACAAGUCACCGGUACCGGCUUUUCAUUGUGGCUUCUUUGUUUAUGAUUACUAUUUGUCAGUUUGGAGUUCUCAUGUUAGUUUUGGGUUCAAAAGCUGAGAAGAACUUCUUCAAUUCAGGCGAUCUUGUGGUUUGUUCAGCAGUGCAGUUGAGUGGUUUCUUACUGUCACUAUUGGGAGCAGCAAGAAUUACUCAUAGAGCCCAAGGAAUUGUUUCCAUUGCUACAAGGUGGCACAUGCUUCAUGCAACUACAUACAGCAAUGGGGUCUCGAAGAGUAAAUGCUGCACGCUGGAAAAGAUAGACAGAAUUUCAGCGGCCAAUGCUGGGGUUGUCGAAGAGUCUAACCGCGCAAUCAGUAGUAACUCAACAAAUGACACUUUGAUUGCGAUGCCGUCACAGGAUUCAUCAUCUUUCCAAACCAGACAAUCUUUGGUGACAUAUUUGCAGCACAACAACGGCGGAAUCACCGUGUAUGGGUUCGCGCUGGACAGGGGAUUGCUACACACACUCUUUGCCUUCGAAUUUUCUCUAGUUUUAUGGAUCUUAAGUAAAGUUGUUGUCCUCUCAUCUUGAUAAUGCUUUCAUAAAUCAUGAAAUUCAUUAAAAUCUGUUUAUAAUAUUGUAUAGCGUAUAGCUCCUACAUGUAACGAGAGUGCUUACAUUUUUCCAUUGAAUUUCCCAAUCUUUUGAUCAAGCAGGUAUGUGAACCAAUUUCCUAGCUAGUGGAACCUUUAAUACUGUACGCACUUUAUUCACAGAAAGCAAUGUUCCCAAAAUAUCCGAAGCAGACAAGAAACUGAAGCAAAUAUACUAUAAACAGAAAAUGGGGCAGAAUCAAAACAUUUUAGUACCCUAUUAUCCUUGAUGGUUCAGGGAAUUACACCAAUCUCCAACAUAUUCCAGAAAAAAAAAAAAAAAAAGACUAACAAUACUUGUAAACACUCACAAGGGGACUUCUAGAGUGAUCCUCG